AUUUCACAGUGCUGUUUUAAACGUAUUUUAGCACAUUCACAAUGAUUUGUCUAUGAUAAAGUAGAUCGAUGUUUUUGGAUUUUCGGUUUACACAAUUGCGUGUAAGUAACUGUGAGUCCAUAAGACAUUGAAAAUGCGUGUAGUUGGACUGAUACUCGUAUUAUUGAUGUGGAAACAAAAUUCCGCAAACAGCGUCCGUAUAGUAGAGCUACGUAUUUCAACUCACGCCGCUGAAGGCGGGGAGGCAUUGCUGGGCUGUCAGUUCGACAUGGAGGGUGACAGCCUGUACUCGGUAAAAUGGUACAAGGACGGCCGAGAGUUCUACCGAUACGUGCCCAUGAACGUGCCCCCCAUCAGUCACUUCCCGGCGCCAGGCGUUAUCGUAGAUCUGGCCCGUUCAUCAAGUAAUGUGGUGGCUUUGGAGAACCUGACGCGUGAGUCUGCAGGCGUUUAUCGUUGCGAGGUGUCCGGAGAAGCUCCGUACUUCGCUGUUGUCAACAGCGAGAAACGCGUCACCAUAUACUUUCUUCCUAAAAGCGGUCCAAAAAUCACCGGACUACAGAAACAGUACGAAAUUGGUGAUGAACUGCUUUUAAACUGCACUUCUCCACCAUCCCGGCCCGAAGCACAAUUAAAAUGGAUGCUGAAUGAUGAACCAGCACCUGAAGAAUACCUUAUGGGACCAUGGCACAAGAUUAGCAUGGAAAAUCCCGAGUCACCAAUGCGAACGAAAUUGAGACUGAGUUUUAUUGUAACACCGGAACAUUACGUUGAUGGAGUAAUGACGCUUAGAUGUCAAGCAACAAUAGCACCUCUAUAUCAGCAAGAAGCGAAUUAUACGUACUACCUCACCACACCUGCCUUUACAACUAUGGUCGCUCCGUUAGAUGAUCCCGAGCAGCUGAACACUAAUGAGAGCAGUUUAAGUAAUAUCUAUAAUAAUACAAUAUUAUAA